UGAUCUCCAUCUGACACGGGAGAUCCGACUUCCAGCCUCUUUUUUUUUUUUCGGCCGGUGCCGGGUUCGAUGAACGGGAAUGCCCAUCACAAAGAUGGCUGUAGCGGCUGAGGGAGCAAAGGCGCCUGCUCGUCCCGAAGUGGGCGGGGCCUGCCUGUGUCUGACUUUUGUAUUCGCCUUGUUUGCUGUAGCGGUGCUUUCCUUGCCUGAGCCUGAUUCCGCCGACGAGGGAGGACGAAGGCAAGACGAUGCUGGGACUGUCGCUGUUGUUGGGCUGCAGCACCGGUUGGCUCCUGUACUAUUGGGCGCGCGUCCCUAAGCGCCCACUACUGGUGGCUUGUCAGCCUUUCCAGUUCUUCUUGGAGAAGUAUUGUCCCAUUGUGAAGGAGACAUUCUACCCUACACCAUGGUGCUUUGAAGGUCGACUUCAGACCAUUGUUCGUGCCUUUAUCAAAUCCUGCCCAUUUGUCUCCUACCACAGUGAAUUGCUGCAAACUGCAGAUGGAGGGCAGCUGUUCUUGGAUUGGGCUGAUCCUGAUGAUGGGACCCAUCCUGACCCAGAAAACUGCCCCAUUGUCCUGUUUUUGCCAGGCUUGACAGGCAGCAGCCAAGAGACAUACAUUCUACAUUUGGUACGCAGCACUCAGAGCCACGGCUACAGGGCUGUUGUGUUUAAUAAUCGAGGAUGCAGAGGAGAAAAGCUGCUGACGCACCGGGCUUUCUGUGCCACCAAUACUGAGGACUUGGAACUGGUAGUGGACCACAUCAAGCGCCGGUUCCCUUGUGCACCUCUGAUGGCAGUUGGCAUUUCUCUUGGCGGAAUCGUAGUGCUCAACUAUCUGGGGCAAAAGGGACAGGAAGCUGGACUGGUGGCUGCCAUGACUUGCUCGGUGUGCUGGGACUCGUUUGAGACAACCCAUUCCCUUGAGCGGCCUCUCAACCAAUUCCUCUUCAACCAAUAUCUCACAACCAACCUGUGCAACCUGGUCAAACGGCAUAGAAAGGUCAUUGAAGGGAGAUUGGAUGUGGACCAUGUGCUGAAGGCUCGCAGCAUCCGUGAGUUUGAUGAGCGCUAUACGUCUGUGGUCUUUGGUUACAAGUCAUGCCAGGAGUAUUACCAGGAAGCCAGUCCUUCCCAGAAGGUGGAUCACCUACAAGUGCCAGUGUUGUGCCUGAAUGCUUCAGAUGACCCCUUCUCUCCUCAACAUGCUAUUCCCACAGAGACAGCACAGCGCGUGCCCACCGUUGCCCUCUUAGUGACUGCACGAGGUGGCCAUAUUGGCUUCCUAGAAGGACUCCUACCUCGCCAUCAGAGUUACAUGGACCGUGUCUUUAGUCAGUUUAUGGAUGCUGUUUUCAAACAUCAGGAGGAGCUGGCAGCUGUAACAGUAGCCAUGGGAAGCCAACAGCUUGGACAGAACGUAAAUACAAGGAUGGUCAGCACAUGAUCAAGAGUCACGAAGUCUAGCAUACAGAAGGGUGAAUAUGAUCUCUCUUAGAGAGAUGAAACCCCUCUGAGGCAAAACUAAUCAUGCCACCAUGCACAACAUCCUUUCCGUCCUCUAGGUUACCCAUCUCCUUUCUCAAAGGACUCCUGGCCAGAAUCUGCUAUGAAUGGCAACCACAGAUGAAGAUGCUGUGAUGAUCAGCAGAAUACAGGAUUGUUUUCCUAGGAUUUUUGGCAUAUGGCUGUUUGUUCCAUAUAUGAAGAAAACACCAGCUGUUCCCUGUUGUUUUAAUUCCUUCAUCCUGGAUUCUUUUGUAGAGAACAGUUUUGUGUGCUUUUCUCUAUGAAAAUAUUUGGCUAAAAAUUUAGGCAAACCACAGGUAAAAUAGUGGGUUGUAAACUAUAUCUGAUGCCACAUCAUAGAAUGCACUCUGCAAAAAAGGAGAUGGUUACCAGACACUUUAUCCUACAAUUUCCUUCCGUUUUCAGUCUGAAUUUCUCCCAACCAGCAUUUGCUGCAGUUGAGAAGGUAACUUGUUGAAUACUUUAAUUCUAUCUUCUAGAACUCUUUUUGUUUCUGCCUUGGGGAAGAGUUAACUGUAUGUGGUCAUUUUCCUCCUCUGAAAAAUCAGCUACAGUACUUCCACUGAAUGAAAUCUGGAUCACUUUUCCCCAAGAGAGGAAACCCUAGGAGAGGGGCCAUUAUUUUGGUUUUGGUAAAAAUAAAAGUUCUCUUGGUCAAGUUUGAAUCCUGUAGCACAAUGGGAAUGGUUUGCCGCUGCCCUCUUCUGGUGUGAUUUUCCAAUUUCCUGGUCUAGCCACCAACUAGUGUGGGGGCCCCCACACUCUGGAACGAACUCCCCCCGGGCUUACGCCAGAUAUCUGACCUUCGGACAUUCCGUCGCGAACUGAAAACAUAUCUUUUUAUUCC